AAAGAGUUAGUAUUUCAGUAACUUUCUGUGAAGUACAAUGAAAUCAAACUUCUUCAAUUCUCGGUUAUUGUUCUGUAUUUUAGUGAUACCAUUCACUAAAUGCCACGCACACAGUAAAUCUGAACCUUUGAUCGACGUUGCAGGACUUCUAGGUUCUACACAAAGUACUGAUACAGCUGCUACUUCCUGUUCUUCAAAUGAAGAAUUCAAAUAUGGGAAUCAGUGUCAUGAACAUUGUGAAAAAUUAUCAUACUACUGUUCGCAGCAAAAGUACUAUCAAGGAUGCUUCUGCAAGGAGGGCUACAAGAGAAUCAAUGGUGUUUGCGUGAAGAUUGCAAAUGUAUGUGCCAUGCUAAUGAAGAAUAUACAUUUGGACACGAUUGUUUUGAAAAAUGUAUCAAUACUAAAUACUGCGAACAUUAUGUUCAGUACAAGAGAUGCUUCUGCUUGCCAAAUUACAAGAGAAUCAAUGGUGUUUGCAUUCCAGAGUCAAAUUGUCCUUGUCCACAAAAUGAACAGUAUUGGGUAGGGAAUGAAUGUAUGGACACAGAAGGUACCGAUGUAAUGAAUUGCGUCAAUUCUCCACUAUAUCAUGGAUGCUAUUGCAAACGUGGACAUAGAAGAAUCGAUGGUGAAUGUGUACCAUAUGGUGAUUUUACAUGUGACCAAAAUGAAUAUUUUACAAUAUCCAACACGUGUAUGGAACAGUGUUUUGCAAAUCCCAUUGAAUGUGCUCAAGAAUAUGCCUAUGGAUUGUGCCUCUGCUUCCCAGGAUACGUAAGAAUAAAUGGUUUCUGUGUUCCGGACACCAAUUGUCCAUGUGGCCAAAAUGAAGAAUACACAUUCUCCAGUGAAUGCAUCGAAAGAUGUGAAGAUGAGCAAACAUGCAAGAAUGAAUAUCAAUACAAACGCUGUACUUGUCGAGACGGAUUCAAAAGGAUCAAUGGAAAUUGUGUAUUAGCAACGGUAUGUCCAUGUCCACCAAAUGAAUCCGUAAUAAAUACGAAUGACUGCUUUGAAACAUGUGGAACAAACUAUUUGGAUUGCGCUACACUACCAAUUGUUCGAAGAUGCUCAUGCAAUUGGGGAUACGUAAGGAUUAAUGGAGUUUGUGUGGAACGAACUGCAUGCGGCAGCACCUGUCCUGAAAACGAAGUUUAUGGUUUAACGAAUACCUGUUACGAAGAUUGUUAUAGAAACCCUAAGGAUUGUCGAAAUGAAUUCUCAUACCAACGUUGUGGAUGCGCACAAAACUGCAAAAGAAUCAACGGUACAUGCGUUCCUGAUAAGUACUGUCACUGUGGUCCUCACGAAGUCUACCGUUAUGGCAAUGAAUGUUAUGAUUACUGCCACGAUGAUUACCACAAAUGUGCUGCAUACGGAACUUACAAAGGAUGCUUCUGCUCUGAAGGAUGCAAGAGAUUUGACGGUGUAUGCAAACCUAAGGCUUGCCCUCAAUACAAAAAGGACAGCCAUUAAAUUGACAUUUGAAAACCGUAAAUGAGGUUAGCUUUACAUGUCAAGGAUAACUUUGCACCCUUGCUUUUCGUAAGGUUGUUGUUUAACUUUAGCACUUAAGGUCCUAAAGGCCAUAAGGACACUUAAGAAUGGUCUAAAGAUCAUCCUUAAGUACUAGAAUUAAAGACAAGCUUACGAAAAGCAGGGGUGCAAAGUCACCUCCGGAAUGCAAAGUCCCCUACAUCCUCAAACUAAUAAAGCAGCAAUAGAAAAUGUA